GGAUUACCACCGUUCUGCGGUAACCAUCAAAAUGGUAUAUCAUCUAGAACAAUUCUAAUAUUUCCUAGACAAAAAGGAAUCUCUUCCGAGAAAAUUUCAUUAUAUAUUUCUCUCCAACUUGGAGCGGGUUAAGUUCGCGUUUGCUCUUCGUCAAAAUCGAAAUUUUGCUAAUUAGUUCGGUUUUUACGAAUUUUUGUUUACGAAAGUUAAUUUUUUAGAAUUUUAUUCAACUUAUAGUAAGCAUUUCGCGACGAUAAAGUUGGUCUAAAUACCGGUACUGAUUUAUUUACGCAGACUGAUUACAAUGGUGCUCCAACGUAGCAGUUUAAUAAUUUUGUGUUCAUUGCUAGCAGCAGUUUAUGGCAGAUCUCUACCUUCUUUCAUAAAACCGUGUAAAAGAAGCGACCCGAAUCUGGAAAAAUGCUUAAUCGAAGUAAUCGACAGCAUAAGACCUAACCUCGCCAAAGGAAUACCAGAAAUGAGAAUUCCACCUUUAGAUCCAUUCCACGUGCCUCAGGUUGUUUUAGACCAAGGUAGCGCAUCGGUAAAUUUCCGAGCUAAUUUCAAAAACAUCAUAGCUCACGGUGCCAGGAACUUCAACUUGACCAGCGCCAAAAUUAAUUUUGACGAACCGAGUCUUUCGAUUGAUGUUGGAUUCCCAGCUAUUAGAGUAUUCAGUGAUUAUAAUAUUACCGGCAAAGUGCUCGUUGUACCUAUUAAAGGAAAUGGAAAAUUCGAAGGAAAUUUCACAAAUAUUUUUGCCAACGUCAAAUUUCUGGGAAAAUACAACAAAAAAGCCGAUUCAACGUUCCUCGGAAUUAAAGAAAGGAAAAUCAAUUUCAAAAUAGGAUCUCUUAAAGUUCAUUUUAGUAAUUUAUUCAAUGGAAAUAAACAAUUAAGUGAAACAACUAAUGUAUUUAUCAACGAAAACUGGAGAGAUAUCUUACAAGAAAUUAAUCCGCUCAUCGAAGACACCAUAGGCGAAGUAAUGAUGCAAAUUAUCAAAGGUUUCCUAGACUUAUACAGUUUGGAAGACUUGAUACCAAAUUGAGAUACUUACAUAUCGUUGUGGUGAAAUGCUACAAAAAAAUUUUAAAAGUGAUAUUUUAUAUAAUAAUAAUGUCAGUUGUUUUAUUUUUAAUUUAAUAUGUACCUACCUGCUUAUUUAAUUUGAAAGUGAGUACCUACAUUAAGAGGGAAGUUUUGUAUCAUUUUAUAUUACUUGCAUGUAUAUUUUGUUCUACUUUCAAUAUUAAUUUAUGUGAAUAAUUUUCAUGUUGGGAAAAAUCAUCCGAAUUCAAUUGUGAUCAAUUGUUUACAUUACUUCUACCUCAUUUAUUUAAAAAUGUUGAAAAAGAAAGAGAAAAAUGCAGCAAAAUGUUUCAAGACUUGCUGAUGUAUUCUUAAAUUAUAAAGUGACGAAACUAAA